CAGCGCUCAGCAGGUCGGGAAGCCGCGUGCGGCGGGUCAGUGCUGCGAGGGGAAUCCAUCCGGCCGGCACCGCCGCCCCGCAGGGUCCUCGCCCCUCUUUUUGCCUCCCGCCGCCGGCGCCGCGGCGCGCAGGGCUCUGCAGAGGCUGCGAUCGACGAAGCAAGGGGGACGCGACGCGCCUGCACCAACCCCGGCUGUCGCUCGCCUGCCCGCGUCCCUCUCUCCCCUCUCCAUUUUCCUCCGGCUGGGAAGGACACCCCCCUCACUCCCCAUCCCGCUCCUCGGUCGCCUCCGGGUGGGGGCUGGAGUGUGAACGGGGAUUCCCACUUCGGGACGAAGCGGGAUCCCUCGCCCGGCGGCAGCAGCAGCAACGAUGACGCGCCUGAGCUGGUGCUUCGCUUCCCUGAUCCGCUGGGGAAAAUACUUCUUCUCGUGCUUCCUGCCCCUGCGAUUCUGCCUGCACCGGGAGCCUGAGGACCUUGAAGCAUCCACAUCCCACACCUUCAAAGUGAAGAGCUUCAAGAAAGUGAAACCAUGUGGGAUAUGUCGUCAGGCUAUUACCCGGGAGGGUAGCACCUGCCGAGGUUGCAAGCUGUCCUGUCACAAGAAAUGUGAAGCCAAGGCUGCCACGCCUUGCAUGCCUGCUGGCAAUCAUGAGCUGCCAUCCACUGAGGAAAGUCCUGCGAAGCACUUAGAAACCCCGGUGUUUGCAAAGUCACCCAAAAUUAUCCAGGCACGACGUAAACCCUCAAGGAGCUUGAGCCUAAACCAGGCCAUGGAGGAUACUUGUGAACUAGACCUGGUGUAUGUCACAGAACGGAUCAUUGCUGUCAACUUUGCAAGUUUGUCGGAGGAGCAGACCUUCUCUAGCAACCUGAAGGAGGUGGCACAGAUGCUGAAAUCCAAGCAUGGGGACAGUUACCUGCUUUUUAACCUGUCAGAGAAGAGGCAUGACAUCAGCAAGCUCCAUUCCAAGGUGCUGGAUUUCGGAUGGCCUGACUUGCACACACCUGCCCUGGAGAAGAUAUGCAGCAUCUGCAAGGCCAUGGAUACGUGGCUCAAUGCUGAUCCUCACAAUGUGGUGGUUCUGCAUAAUAAGGGUAACAGAGGCCGGACAGGAGUAGUUAUUGCUGCGUACAUGCACUACAGCAACAUUUCAGCCAGUGCAGACCAAGCUCUGGACCGGUUUGCCAUGAAGAGGUUCUAUGAGGACAAGGUGAUCCCAGUGGGGCAGCCAUCGCAGAAGAGGUACGUCCACUACUUCAGUGGUCUGCUGUCCGGCACCAUCAAAAUGAACAACAAGCCCCUCUUUUUGCAUCAUGUCAUCAUGCAUGGAAUUCCCAACUUUGAGUCUCAAGGAGGCUGUCGGCCCUUCCUCAAGAUAUACCAAGCUAUGCAGCCUGUCUACACAUCUGGAAUCUACAACGUGCAGGGGGACAGUCAGACCAGCAUCUGCAUCACUAUAGAGCCUGGACUACUCUUAAAGGGAGAUAUCUUGUUGAAAUGCUAUCACAAAGAGUUCCGUAGCCCAACUCGAGAUGUGAUCUUCCGAGUGCAAUUCCACACCUGUGCCAUUCAUGACCUGGCCAUUGUCUUCAAUAAGGAGGACCUGGAUGAUGCCUUUAAAGAUGAGCGUUUUCCAGAGUAUGGGAAGGUGGAGUUCGUGUUCUCCUAUGGACCUGAGAAGAUUCAAGGCAUGGAGCAUCUCGAGAACGGCCCCAGCGUCUCAGUGGACUACAACACCUCUGACCCGCUCAUCCGCCGGGACUCCUAUGAAAACUUCAACAUGCGUCGUGAAGACAGCAUGGAGGAGGUUGGUCACACCCAAGGGCCUCUGGAUGGCAGCCUAUAUGCCAAGGUGAAGAAGAAAGACUCACUUCACGGCAGCACCGGCACCGUCAACACCAACCGCAUCACGCUCUCGGCUGCCCCCAACCACAUUGAGCACACACUCUCUGUUAGCAGUGAUUCGGGCAACUCCACCGCCUCCACCAAGACAGACAAGACUGACGAGCAGGCCGUGCCCACAGUCCCCGGCAGCAGCGGAGGAAGCAACCCUAUACUAACCCCAGAGGAGAAGCGGGAGCUUGACAGCUUGCUCAGCGGCUUUGGCUUGGAGAACGAGGCCGCCAUGCAUAACCACAACCCCAGCGGGGGAGCAGUGGUUGCUUCCACCACCUCAGGCCGCCACAUCGUUCCAGCUCAGGUGCAUGUCAACGGGGAAGCUGCCAGCUUAGUGGCCGAGAGGGAAACAGACAUUCUGGACGACGAGUUGCCCAACCAGGAUGGGCACAGCGUGGGGAGCCUGGGCACCCUCUCGUCAUUUGAUGGCACCACCAACACCAGUGACAUGGGCUACCACGAGGCCCCUCGGAUGGAGAGCCUCAACUCCUUGCCCAAUGGGUCGUCCAACUUCAACGGCAUAGACAAGCUGCACGAUUCAGAGACGGUGAUCAAUGGUGGCUACCCCUACAACAACCAGAACACCUUGCGGAGCAUGAUGGGACGUCACCCCCAGGACCCGUAUGGGCACAUCCGUCCUUCAGUGUCUGCCCAGGAGAAUUUGGCUGACUACUACCAGCAUGGCUUCCCCACUCCUGGCUGGUUGCAACCCCAGCCGCCGGCUGCCAGCCAGCAGUACCCUUACGGCUACGAUCCAAAUGGCAUAUACCGCUCGCAGUCCUUCCCCACAGCGACUGCUGAGAGCCCCCAGCUGCCCCAGGCACCAGCCCGGAGCACGAGUAGCCGGGAAGCUGUCCAGAGGGGACUUAACUCUUGGCAGCAGCAAAGUGGAGGCAGCAGACCACCUUCCCGCCAACAGGAUGGUGCCCGAGACAGCCAAAGUCCCAGUGUUUCCAGUGCAAGCCCUCAGCCCAGCCCUUCACAAGCAGCACCCCCUCAAAGCAUCAGCAUCCCUGAAUUCCCCAGGGUGGCCUCCCAGAAGGAAAUAGAGCAGUCCAUUGAGGCCCUCAACAUGCUCAUGCUUGACCUGGACCCUUCUGUCUCCAUGAUGCACAAGUCCCAGAGUGUCCCGGUGUCUUCCAGAGAAGAUAAGCCACGCCCGGUGGCUCUCUCAGUAUCUGCCCAGCCUGUCACUGGUCCUCAAGUGGUGCAGCCAAAGUCUACCAAUCCUUUUGGCCCUAUUCCAGGAAGCCCUUCCCACAACUCCAUGGGCAUCUCUGUGUCCCAGCUGCCUGACCACCAGGCGCCUAAAGCUCAUCCCACAAAGCUAUUGCUCCACAAUGCUGCAGAGCCAGAGUACCCCGCGCAGGAUGACCAGGAGGCUUAUUUGUCCUAUGGCUAUCCGAACCAGCAAGCCAGGAGCUAUGGCCAGGCUGCAGGAAGCCCUCCCACAUCUCCCAGGCCUCACGCAAUGGCAUAUAAGCUCAUGGAAGCUCAGCAUCCCCUGCUGACAUCACCCCCAUCCCCUGGGAUGACAAUUCAAGCCCAGGUACCAAUAAAGAAUGCGGAGAACAGUGAGGAACCUUCUCGCCCCACAGAGGAAGAGCCUUUGCAUAUUGAAGGUCUGGUGGCCCACAGGGUAGCAGAGUACAACGCCAAACUCCGGGACAUCCGGAAGAGCAUGAAAAGCCCCCAUCCUCCUCUUCACCGACAGCGAUCCUUCUCCUUUUCUGGAUACUUGGCUCUUCUGAAUCCGCCCACCUCUCUCCCUACAGGAGUACAGUCGCCACGGGAGAAGUCACCAGAAGAAGCCGAAGCCCCUGUACGGAGACGUACCACCAGUGAAGGCCAGUAUGAGAACAGUCCCCAGGAUCCUAGUUCACCACGAAGCCCCACAGUUCGUUCUCCAGUUCACUGUGUCUCACCGGAGGUGGUCAGCACCAUCGCAGCCAACCCUGGAGGAAGGCCCAAGGAGCCCCAUCUCCACAGUUACAAAGAGGCCUUUGAAGAGAUGCAGGGGACCUCUCCAAGCAGUCCACCUUCCAGUGGUGGUGAGACCUCUCCCCCAACCCCUGCCUUCCCUGUCUCACCACAAACCCCUUACAGUAACCUACUGCGCUCUCCACCAGGACUGGCUAAAACUCCGCUUUCAGCACUGGGCCUGAAACCUCACAACCCAGCAGAGAUCUUGUUGCAUCAAACAGGAGAACUAGAUGGGGAGACAGUAGUUGAAUCUGAUGAAGAGCCCCGGAGCUAUGUGGAAUCUGUGGCCCGUACAGCAACAAGUGGUGGCAGCGGCAGUUCUGUUGGGAAGCCCCAGGCACCCCUGGCUCCGCAGGCCUAUAACACUGAGACACCAGUGAGGAAUGGAUCUUUCCCCAACUCCUUCAUUUCACCAAGCCCUGUCGCUGCCAGCAGUCCAAUGCACAGCAUGGAUGGGUUCUCUAUAGGUAGCUACCCAUCAGAGAACAAUGCCAGCAUAGCCAUUUCAUCCCAGCCAUCAGCUGAGUCCAGCUUCCAAUCCACCAACCUUUCUCAGGGGCCGUCGGCGAACAGCAGCUACCAAAACACCUCUACAUCAACUCAGGGCCUUCCAGCCUAUAUGAGUGCCGACUUCCCUGAUGGCCGAGUCAACACUCAACAAGAUAGCCACCCAAGGCCUCAAUCCCAAGCCAAUGCAGUUGGGGUCCAUGUCAUGCCUGGAAGCCCCCACUCCCUCCACAGAACGGUAGCCACCAACACUCCCCCUAGCCCAGGAUUUGGGCGAAGAGCUGUCAACGCUAACAUGGGAGGCGUUCCAGGAAGCCCGAGCAUGAGCAGGCACGUAAUGGCUCCGUACGGCAACCUCGUUGCAUCACCUGGGAGUCCAAGCCUGACUCGGCAGCAGCCCAUAAUGGGAGGCAGCACAUCCAUGGUCUCUGGAAGUCCCAACUUAGAUCGGCAUAUCAUAUAUGGAUACUCAGCUCCAGAGGAGAAGCGCCCAACGCUGUCCCGCCAAAGCAGUGCCUCAGGUUAUCAGGCUCCCUCUACCCCAUCUUUUCCUGUCUCCCCGGCCUACUACCAUGGAGUCAGUAGCCCACAUUCCUCGUCCCCUGACUCAGCAGUGUACCGGCAGGGAAGCCCCACCCCAACCCAACCACUGCUCCCUGAAAAGAGAAGGAUGUCAUCAGGGGAUCGGUCAAACAGCCUGCCUAACUACGCCACAGUGAAUGGCAAGACCUCUUCACCCAUCUCCAGUGGCAUGUCCAGUCCCAGCAGUGGGAGUGGCAUGGCCUUCCAUCAUACUCUCCCUGAUUUCUCCAAGUUCUCAAUGCCAGACAGCAGCCCUGAGACCAGAGCUAACGUGAAGUUUGUCCAGGAUACCUCCAAGUACUGGUACAAACCAGAGAUCUCCAGGGAGCAAGCCAUUGCACUGCUGAAAGACAAGGAACCUGGGGCUUUUAUCAUUCGAGACAGCCACUCCUUCCGAGGAGCCUAUGGAUUGGCCAUGAAAGUUGCUUCUCCGCCUCCUGGUAUUUUGCAACAGAGCAAGAAAGGAGAUCUCACCAAUGAGCUGGUUAGGCACUUCCUGAUAGAAACCAGCCCUAAAGGUGUGAAACUAAAAGGAUGCCCCAAUGAACCAAAUUUUGGUUGCUUGUCAGCUCUCGUGUACCAGCACUCCAUCAUGCCUCUGGCCUUGCCCUGCAAGCUGGUCAUUCCCGAUCGAGAUCCCAUGGAUGAAACAAAAGAGACAACCACAUCGAGCAACUCAGCAACAGACUUGCUCAAACAGGGAGCAGCCUGCAAUGUGCUCUUUAUCAACUCGGUGGAGAUGGAAUCAUUAACAGGGCCACAGGCCAUUGCCAAAGCUAUCACUGAGACACUGGCCGCUGACACCCCACCAUCUGCUACUAUUGUCCAUUUCAAAGUCUCAACGCAAGGAAUCACCUUAACAGACAACCAGAGGAAACUGUUCUUCAGACGACAUUACCCCAUCAUCAGUGUCACCUUCUGUGAUGUGGACCCACAGGAGAGAAAGUGGACUAAGUCAGACAGUGGUGGUGCUGCAAAACUCUUUGGCUUUGUGGCCAGGAAACAAGGCAGUACAACAGACAACGUCUGCCACCUCUUUGCUGAGCUGGACCCCGACCAACCAGCUGCCGCCAUUGUCAACUUUGUCUCCAGGGUCAUGCUCGGCUCCUCUCAGAAGAGAUGAACCGAUGCCUUCCCCCUGAAGGGGGCUUCUUGCCCUUGAAUUUUGAAGAAGGACUUGGAGUUGUUCCGAGAAGGAGUGCGAGGAAGUGCAUUGCAAAAGAGGGAAGUGAACCAAUUUUAGGGGGCGGGGGGAGAGAGGGAGAUUGGGGGAAGGUCUGAAUUGCUGAAAAGCCCAAACCAAGCAAACGUACGUACAUAGUAGAAACCAAGGAACCGACAUCGUCGCCUUUCCCUGCCAAGUUCAAGAGGUGGAGACAAUUUUGGCUUUUUGGAUCAGCAUGAAAUCAGAGAAUUCAGCCCCACAGGCCAAAGCACGGAUCUUAUUUACCUUUGUGGGGUAGGACUAUAUAGUAGUUGCUUGUUUAGAAAAUAAGGCAAACUUUAAAAAAAUCAUGAAUACGUGAGCUGCAGGAAUCACAUUGAGAGACAUGCCGAACAAGCAAUCAUUGGUACCCAUUUCUGAAAGUAAUUGCUCCCAACUCUUCAACUGCUGAAUGUAUGGAGCGUGUGUGCGUGUGCCUGUGUGUGCGCAUUUGUGUAGUGUGCACCUGUUGCAAUACAUAUCUGUGGAAAUCUGCAGUGUUAAGAUCAUGACUUUGCUGAAUGAUGUGAUGGUUAUUCAGAACGGUUGACCCCUGCAUUCUCCCCCUCCUCUAGGAACAUUGGCCUCCAUUACUCCAGCUGGAGGAGAAGCCUCAUGAGGAGUAGCGCCUGAUCUACUACAGAGGCAGGAAGUCCACACCUCAUACAUGUGCACAGUGCAUGUGCACACAUAAUUUGUAUACCAGAGUUGCAGGGAGUAUUCCCCUAGCUAAGUUUAAGGAGCAUGCUAGCCACAUCAUAAUUAUAUCUUCUGGUUUCUAUGCAAUGAGACCUAUGGUAGGUCAUUUGAACAGGGAAUCUGUCCUAUGAUCCCCUUGCCCCUAAAAAAAUUAAAUACCAGCAGUUUGGGAAUGCCAUUCCUUUCCUGUCCAGGCUUACCCCUUCUCGGUAGGCAUGCACGUCAUUUUGUAUCUUGCAUGGAAAUUAUUCAAUUGCGCAAAGGCAAGAUGAAUGAUCCAGUAAUGGGGAGAGGGGGAUCUUGUUUUGAAGCCACUAGGAAUAAUGAUGUAAGGAGAGCCAACUUGGUGUGAGCUUUGGCUUAAGCACAGCCAUAGUUGAUUAAUCUGUAUCCAUUUGAGCUCAACAAUUAAUAUGUAGCAAAAUUCAUUAUUUUGCCUCUCCAGGCUUUGUGUUUGCUUCUGGAGGCAUCAGAUCUUGCACCGACACACUAGUUGACACUUGGCAGUGUUGUCCUCAACUGACAUUUGUUGUGGAAAGGGAGGCAGUUUCUACCUUGCAAAUCUUUUUUGUGCAGAGCCGCUACAUAUCCAUUUUCACAGUGAAUGAGGUAGGUUUGUAGCAGCAGCCAUGGAGGAACUAUGCAUUUUUCUGCCAACAUCACAAAUUAGUCUUUUUACUAGCAUGACUUCUGUCACUCCUAAUGGGGGGCCUGUGGAAGUGCUGCCUAUUAACUAAUGGCUCUGGGUAUCUUUGUCAAGGAAAGGUUGACUUGUCAGGAGACGUCUGCUUUGUUGUGGAAGUAUCCUUCUGUUGUGUAGGGUUCUCACAUCAUCUGCACUGGCAAAUCCCAGACAUGAACACUUGUGCUGAAUGGACAAAGAGAUGUUCCCAUGUGUCAAAUCCUAUGGGUUUAUUGUGAAUUCUUCAACCUCUACUUAGGCUAGAGUCAAGGCCCUGCUGAAAGCAAGUCACUUUUGGCUUGCUGUGUCAGCUGGUCCAACGGGGAUUGGUCAAAGACUUAUGAAGAGACUAGCAUGCAUGACAACAACUUGAGUCAACAGAUAAGGAGCAUGUGGGCAGUAAGCCCUUCACACCCUCCUCUGUUGAUAACACGCAACAGGACUCAUAACACACAGUGUGGGUUGGGUUGGGCUGAGACCUCCCAUUUAAAACAAUGGAGGAAAAGUCUGUUCCCCUAAAAUGCCAUCUGGGUUCCUGAAUUAGCAGGGGAAGAUCUUUAGGGACAGGGUGUGUGUUGAUGAAGCACUUCAGCAUGAAGCCAUGCAACAUUCACUAAAAAGUCAAAAUACAAACUCCAAGUCAUGCAGUCACCUAAAUUCCCCUAGAGAGUGUGGCUCUCUCAUUGCCUUGAUAUAAUAUAUAUAUGUAUGUAUGUAUGUAUGUAUGUAUGUAUGUAUGUAUGAAAUAUACUGACGAAAUAAUGUAAGCUAAUCAAAAAAAUUUGAAGUGAAAUUUACACAAAAAGUAUUUAUUUUUGCCAUAUUGCUUUUAUCUAUCUUUUACCUCCUCUGAUAUUUUCAUCUUCCUACAUUCCCCCCUCCUCCCUGUCCAUGUUAUAGACUCUUGUAUGUAUAACUUAGUACAAAGUGCUUAUUUGGUUAGUAUUAUUGACAUGGGCAAGAUUUCAAAAGAUGUCCAUCCCUCUCCACCCCAGCCCCAUAAGAGCAAUGUAUUUUGAUAUCAUGCCACAGGGCAGUGCAACAAUACAGCCUUUCUCAUCCCCACCUCCUCAUUUUUAGAAAUGAGCAAGUGAGCAUGUAUAAAUUUUGUACUUCGUUGCUGAGUGACGCAAAGGUUAGAGGUGUGCGUAUGUGUGAAAGUGUGUGAAGAGAGACUUAUUUCUGGAUACUGUAUAAAGCAUGAGUUUUGCAUCCAAGGACUGUUGUUGAGAUGGUUCCUUGGAUGGAGUGGGAGCAUCAGUUAUUGGUGUCAUCGUCCAGGCUCUGCCCCACCCGCAUCCAGAUGGGAUGCCAGAGACUGCGAUAGCUUAUUCUCUUCUAGGUUACAAAUAUUUCCUCCUUCUGCAAAAUUCAAGCAAGAUGAUUCCCCCUCCCUCACCUGCAACUGUCUCACCCUGCCAUUAACCAAUUAGAGAAACACUGUGUCUAUAGAUAUAUAUAUAAAUAUUAUAAAUAUAUAUAUUUUUUGAAAGUCUCUAUUUUUCAGACUUCAUUUUUUCACUGCUUUCAAAAAAUUAAAAUUUGCAAUCUCA